AUGGACCAGAAAACUUCCAAGCUCUUGGGGCUUGUACUGGUGUUCCUCCACUACGCGGUCCUCACGACUGCUCGGCAAGGGGGGGCGAUCGCCGGCAGCCGGGCGUUACAGCAAGCCAGCAACUCUUCGUGUCCCCUGGUGUUCCAAGCUAACGAUCUCAAUGAGGCCAUAGCAAAAUGCGGAAAAUUCAACAUAUCCACGGACCCAAACGGCGCCAUCUUCGGGGAAGAGUGCUGCAAUCGCAUUACGUACAUGCUGUACCAAACCCGAGUCCGCUAUGCAAACUCCACGGACCAGCUCUUGAUCGCUCAGGACGUCGCAACCGCCUGCAUAGCUGACCUGCAAUCAUUGCUCGUGCGCGCCGGCAUCUCCAGCAGUACCCUUACCACCUGCGGGCUGGACAGCACGCCUCUCUGGCAGCCCGCGUGCGGCGCAGAUCUGACCACUCGUUCGGCCUUCGUCCGACUCGCAAACAACUCGUAUCCAGGCACCAGCGCCGCCUUGGCUUGCUGGAACCAGCAAAACUGCUCGUCGUGUGUCAAGAGCACCGACCAGCUGAUCGCGUCGCUUAGGUACACCACAAAGGGGGAUCCCUCCGUUUUCUCCAACGCACAGUGCCAAGAUCUCGCACGCGUCGCUCUAGUUGCCGCAGCGUACCCGCUCCUCCUCUCCAACUACAUCUCCGUCUGCCUUUUCAAUACCGCAAUUGACUACGUCCCUCAGUCAUCAACAUGUACCUCUUUGGAGUAUUCGGGAGUGGAUUUCACCCCAAUAUACAACGCCUGUGGGCCCCCCCAGAUCCGGAGCACGUACUGUUGCGCCGUCGUCCAGGCAUUGUUCAUCCAGCUGUACGCCACGUACACAAACGUGACGGGAAUGAUAAACAACGAGGUGGACGCCGUGGCUUGCAUCGAGCAGUUCCGUACGGAGCUCGUGGCGCACGGCGUGGAGGGCUCCAAAGUCGACACGUGUCGCAUCAACAGCUACGUCGUGGUCGGUCUCCUGCGCUGCAAAAACUUCACUGAGCUCCCGGGCGCCUACGUCACUCAACUCGAGAGUCGGUGCAGCCCGGGGCAAUGCAGUAAUUGCUCUCAAACGCUCUUCGGAAUCGUGUCCAGGCUUACGGGCCCGUUCACAGACCAGUUGACCUUCCUCUACUGUAGCACGUUCGUUGGCGCUCAUUAUUACCACUUGUUCGGCCCCGGGGGGAUCACCGACCGUGUAAACUGUUACGUGAACCUCCCCCCCGAAGUGGCGCUGACGCCAAUCGCGGUGGGCGCCGGCAAAAGGGAGAAGAAGAGCACGACGGCGGUCGCGGUGAUCGUCUCGUGCUCGGUCGGGUUAGUGGUCGGGUUAGUGGCCUUGGUUGGGUUAGCGGUUUGGUUCCGAAGACGGCGGAGGAUCCGCGUGCAAAAAGGAAGCGUGCAGACGAAGAGCAAACGGCUGGUGGAACAUCUCGCGUCGUCGGGAAGGCUAGCCGGGGCGGAGCCGCUCCAGUGGUUUACGUACCAGGAACUGAGAACCGCGACCGACAACUUUGAUAAGAAGCGGUGCCUCGGAAAGGGGGGGUCCGGGAUGGUGUUUUUGGGCACCCUCCCUGGGAACCGGUUAGUGGCAGUGAAGGAGAUUACGAAGCCGUCGACGCACCGGGGCAUCGAGGAGUUUCUUAGCGAGGUCUCUUCGAUGGCUGCAUGCCGGCACCGGCACAUCGUGGCUCCGAAAGGCGUGCACGCUUCCGAAGAGCACUGCGUCGUGGUCUAUGAGUACAUCCCAAACGGAUCCGUCGACGAUCAUCUCUUCCAGCCGCGACCGGAUGCGAUCGUACGGCCUGAGAAACAGGGGUUCCUGGAUUGGCCGCAGCGGCUGCGAAUCGCAAUCGGGACUGCGAAAGGGCUGGCGUAUCUGCACGAGGACUGCAAUCCCCGGAUAAUACACAGAGACGUGAAGCCGUCGAACAUCCUACUCGGGGAGGAUAUGGAGGCGAAGGUGGCCGAUUUCGGGCUUGCGAAGUUUACCGGGGAUGACGAAACGCACGUGUCAACGGGUGUGAGGGGCACUUGGGGCUAUAUAAGCCCGGAAUACGUGGCACACGGACAGGUGUCCGAGAAGUCGGACGUGUACAGCUUUGGUGUGGUGUUGCUGUCGCUGGUAGCCGGCCGGAGACCGGUGGAAACCGAACGAGAAGAGGGGCAGGUGUUUCUGACAGAGUGGGCUUGGGCAGCCGCAGAGACCGGCGAUUUCGUGUCGAUCCUGGAACCGGCCUUGGCAUCAGCCCUGCCGGAGCACGAAGCUAGCAUAUUAACAGCGAUUAAGGUCGGUUUGCUGUGCGUUCACACCAUCAUGAGCUACCGGCCGACGGUGCGGGAAUGCGUCGCCAUGUUGUCUGGACAGAUGGAAGUACCUCCGCUGCCGCAGAAACCGAUGACGAUUUUCACGGUCCCGUCAGAUCGUACAUCCACCUCAGCGGUAACCAUGUCGACCCAAAACUCUGCCGUCCUGAGCACAAAGCCGUCUAGUUCCAACGAAUGA